AUGACGGGUAAGAGGACAAAGGCAACGGGAGAUAACCUGGUCAACGCAGGAGCGGCCGAAGCAGCCGGCGAAGGGGGAUCGGGCCAGAUGCUGCCAGCCAACCAAAACGACAUAGAAGCCGCCAGGGAUACUUUGAGCGGGAACAUAGACCAGCCGACUCUUCACCAGCUGCUGCUGGGCGUCCUGUCAGCAGCGCAGGCCAACGCGCCAAAAGCGCCAGCCAGGGAUCCCCGGACAGCACCGCCUCGGGAUCGCUCUCCUGACGUUGUCAUCACAAAAGACGUGACCAUCAUGCCAUCCGCAAGAGAACAGCUAGCAGCAAUAAGGACGGAAGUUCAAGCAAAUGACGCACCGAAGCUGACAGCACCACACGAGCAGCGGGAGCAGCUCGACGAAGGAACGCUAAUGCUGCUAGAGACCGCCAUCACCGCGCUGGAUGCGAACGAACCCCAGCUGGCCGUCGCGGGAGAAUGCCUCAAGAUCGCUCACCGCCGCCUUAAGUGCUACUCCGUUGCUCUGGCCAAGGCGGGCCCAGGAGCCAACGGUAAUUUCACGGCCCCCUACGAAAUCUGGCACGGCAGGCGGCGCAACUUCACCAAGCCCGAGUUCAAACCAGAGGCCAUAGAUAAGGGCGACAUAGAGAGUGCAUUAGCUAANACGCGCAAGUCGUGUCCCUCGUUUAUAAGCGGCAGGCUCGGCCCAGUUGGAGACCGGUGAUUAGGCAGUCCCCUCGGAGCGCCGGACGUGCAGCUGUACAGCGAUUACCGCACGGCAAAUAAGUGCCUAUAGAGUAUCGUCGCGCGCUAGGAAUGUCGCCUGGCCAGCCCCGCUGGCCAGGGUGUGGUUCGUGCGUCGCUGACGCUUCAGGUUUGCCCUCGGGGCGGGUGACCAGUGGACGCAGUCAUUAAUGCUGCGUUUAGUUGUCUAGUGCUGUGCGUCAGUUCUUUCGGCCGUGCCGGUGUGGCCGCGCUGGACAGCGCUGCGCGCGCUCAGACCGCGCCGUGUGGCGCUAGACCGCGCUUCGGCGCACACGCGCCCUGGCGCUCCGAGAGCAGCAAUUAGUACUCUGCAGUAGUGUAAGGCCCUUGGCAGCCCCGGUUUCGCCUCGCCCUGUCCUAUCCGACACCCCGAACGCAACCGUACAGCAAGCCAUGAAGGCUAUAGGACAUAA